AUGUGGAUAUACGUAAUAUUUGCUCUAGCAAAGAUGACAAUUGCUAGGGAAUGCAAAAAUGACGAGUGUGAAAAGCGAUGGCCUGGGGCAAUAUGUCGAAAUGGACGAUGUGCAUGUCCACAAGAUAGUAUUAGAAGAAAAAGUGAUUCCAAUGGUUGGAUAUGUUUAUCGCUGAUAGAUGCAAGUACGGGAAUGCUUGGACCACCGUUUACAUGUCCAUUACCGAAUGGUGCCGGAUAUCGAUCCAUACUGUAUCGUAAUAAUGAACCGAAGGAUAUGAAUGCAUACAAUCAAUUGGACUUAGUACAACAACAGGAAAUGGUGUUUGUUGCCCAAGAAAAGAGACAGCUUGUCUUCAGCCAGUUUGUCAAUCAAAAGAUGGAUGGCUUAUUCGAUGGUAUUUUAAUGGUGAAACAUGUGAAUCAUUCAGAUGGAAUCCGGAAGUUCAAACAAGCGCAAAUAAUUUUGUGA